AUGACUGCGUGGGACGGCGUGCUGCCUUUCUACCCGCAGCCUAGGCAUGCCGCAGGCUUCAGCGUCCCGCUGAUCAUAGUCAUUCUGGUAUUCUUGUCUUUGGCCGCCAGCUUCCUGCUCAUCUUGCCUGGGAUCCGUGGCCACUCGCGCUGGUUCUGGUUGGUGAGAGUUCUUCUCAGUCUAUUCAUAGGUGCAGAAAUUGUGGCUGUGCACUUCAGUGGAGAUUGGUUUGUGGGUGGAGUGUGGACCAACACCUCCUACAAAGCCUUCAGUACAGCGCGUGUUCAAGCCCAUGUCGGUCUACACGUGGGACUGGUGGGCAUUAACAUCACACUCAGAGGGACACCAGUGCAGCAGCUGAAUGAGACCAUUGACUACAAUGAGCGCUUCACCUGGCGUCUGGAUGAAGACUACACCAAGGAGUACGUGGCCGCACUGGAGAAGGGGCUGCCGGACCCGGUGCUGUACCUGGCGGAGAAAUUCACACCCAGUAGCCCUUGCGGGCUGUACCACCAGUACCACCUGGCUGGCCACUAUGCCGCGGCAACGCUGUGGGUGGCGUUUUGCUUCUGGAUCAUUUCCAACGCGCUGCUCUCCAUGCCCGCCCCGCUCUACGGAGGCCUGGCGCUCCUGAUCACCAGCGCCUUCACGCUCUUCGCUGUCUUUGCCUUUGCCUCGGUUUCCAGCGUGCCGCUCUGCCAGUUCCGACUGGGUUCCGCAGCGCUCACGCCUCACUACGGCCCCUCCUUUUGGGUCACUCUGGCCACCGGCAUCCUGAGCCUCCUCCUGGGAGGGGCGGUGGUGACGCUCCACUACACCCGGCCCAGCGCUCUACGGUCCUUUCUGGAUCAGAGCAUCAAGGACUACAGCAGUCAGGGGACCGGGAACUCGCCCUUCAUCCUCAACAACCCGCUGCACAAGCAGUUUGGGGCCCCAGACUUAAGUAUCACCACUAAGUUGUGACGGGAAUCCAUCUCCGGACUUCUACCUCUCCCGGGGAU